UAGAUAUUUAAACAGUAUUUUAACUUAUUUGAUAGGCUCAGUUUAUCCAUUUAAAUGGAGGGGAUUCCAAUUCAAAUAAUAAGGAUGAAUGAAAAAUAAGAAACUAGUAAUGCAGUACAAGGCACAGAAAUAGCCUUGAAGACAAAAUAAUAGAACGAGAUGAGUGUCAAAUCUGAUGAGUCGCAGGAUCCACUGGAUGUGCUGCGACGUAGGAAACGAGAAAGGGAACGCAAGAAACUGGAAGAAGAAACAGGACAAAGCAAAGCUAAGUACCUAUGGCACAUGUUGCGAAUGUCCAUUCGACCUACCAUAGAGGCUCUAAACAAGGCAGAUAUCAAGGAGGUAGAGGUCAGUCAUGGAGUCCAUCACAGUCGGAAGAUUGCUCACAGAGGAGUCAUCAGCCACAUGGUUUUCAAUAAAAACAAGAGGGAGUAUCUUACUGUGGAGGGAAACCUGAUACGCAUAUUUAAAGGUGAUGGGAGGAAGAAAGAUGUGGUGGAGCCAGAGGAAGCUAUCACCAAGUUGUGUUAUGCCUCCCAGAUAGAUCAGUACGUAGGAUGGACCUAUGGUGAUAAACAUUUGGUGUUGAUGGGCAGUGACUUUGAGGUACUGUCUGUAAACAAGGCUUUUACAGAUGUGGUCAAUCUUGUGUACAAUGAAAACACCAACGAAGUGGUCAGUGGAGAAAUUGGCUGUAUAACUUCUUGGGUGUUUCGUUAUGGCAACAGACAUCUGAUCCCCAGGAAGACAGCCAAAGCCGAGAAGAUGGCUAAUGAACAUUUCUCCAUCUUGGUCUUGGAAGAGACACCUAGCAGGUCACAGAAAUGUUUUGCUGCAACUGGCACAGGUGUUGCAAUAUUUAACCUGUUUGAGGGCAAGUUACUGGACUGUCAGAAGGACCUCCAUGACCGCCAGAUCACCUCUCUGUGCUUCUUUAACCCACUCAAAUACCUGGUCACUGGGGCCAAAGAUGGCUCAAUCAAGGUUUGGGAUGAAACUUGGCACCUCCAGCUGGUGUUUGUAGGACAUAAUAAGCAGGUGUCAUGUCUGAGUGUCUAUCCGUUUGGGCCUUUUAUCAUGUCAGCCAGCCAUGACUGUAGCAUUCGAGUUUGGAGCCUAGAGACAUGUGAUGAAGUUGACAGAAUAGAGACCAAGCAGCCAGUGACAGGAAUGGGUACUCUUAUCUAUGAGAAUGACUUCUUCAGCUACUCCAUGACAGAGGUUGACCUCUGGAACAUACAGCAUGUGCAUGCACUGCACACUUCUGUGGGGUUUCGUGUCCAGCACAUCAAACCCACAGAUCAUCCCAACCAGCCAAUCAGAGCCACUCUACUAUGUAAGGACUCCAGUGUGCGCAUAGUGGCUCCCUCUACAGGGGAUGUCAUCACCACAUUGCUGAUGAACCCUAAGCGUGGAAUGGUGGAUGCUGCCUAUGCUUCAGCAGAAGAUGCCUUGUUUGCAGUAUUUGACAAUGGAGACAUUCUGAAGUGUGAUACCACCACCAACCCCAUCACAGUCAGGAUGGAGUGGGAAUGUAAGGACCCCUCAAAAGCUUGUAACUACCUGCUAGUGUAUGAAUACGUGGUGGACUCAGUUCUGGAGGGAGGGGACUCCUGGCUGGGAAUGCUCAAGUCCAUCACUACACAGCACCUUCACUCCAUCACAAACCAGGAGACCAAGAACACGGACAAGACACUACUCCUGGGGGGCAGGAAGGAUGGCUUCAUUUGUGUCUUUAAUUGGGACACAGGGGCCGUAGACUUUGAAAUAGAGGCUCAUGGCAGCAGAGGAGUACUGAACAUGAUUGCUAAUUCCAAGCAGGACCAGCUCAUAUCAGCAGGGAAUGACAACAUCAUUAAAGUGUGGCGGUUGUUCCCCUAUGCUCAGGAAGCUCUUGCUCCCCUGAUGUCCUUCUACUGUGCUCAGACCCCAAUACACAUGUGUGUGAUGAAAGGCAAACUGGGGGUGGCCUUUCAGGAGCACACUACCGCCACUUAUAGUGUGGUGGUCUAUGAUCUGCAGUCAAAGAGACGCUAUGACCACUCCCCUGAUGAUGACCACUCAGAUUCUAUAACUGGAGUGACCUGUUGUCCCAAGCUGAAACUGUUUGCUUCCUCCAGUGUGGACGGAACUGUUAGGAUAUGGAAUGAGGAAAACAAACUACUCAGGUUAGUCAAAAUGAAUGCUGUUCCACUGAGUCUGGGUUUCUGCAGUCCCAAGGGAGACUUGUUGGUGGGAAUUGGAAACCAUUUGCACAAAAUUGGAUAUGCAAGCUACAUGCCAAAAUUUCUGCGCUUCAAAAUGGUAACCAUAAAGUAUGCUGAAGAGAAGCCAGACCAACCCAUUCCUUUUGAUGAGGCUGUGGUGAGAAGACUGCGAAAGGAGGACAUCCUCAGACUGAAGGCAGCUCACUCUUCUUUUAAGUUUACUCACUUUAUGGAUGUUCUCAGUAAUGAAGAAGAGGAAGAAGUUAUGAUGGAGAAAAGACUGAAAGAAAAGGCUUUUGCUGUGAUUGACAAGAGGGAGGAGGAGCUACUGAAGAUGAAGAAUGGAGAAGUAAAGUCAUCCAGGAAACCCAAGAAAACACCUCUCACAAAGAAGAUUGCAUUUGAGAAAUACCUGAAGAUAUUUUAUGAUAGGCCACAGAUCAAGGUGCCCCCUGAUAACAUGUAUGAGGAGGAUUUAAUCAAAGAACUGGCUGAGGACAAAGGAUCUGAAGAUCCAGUGGAAAAGGCCGAAGAACCAUACAGAGAUGAAUAUGGACCCACAGGUUUCUUCCCUGCUCCUGACGCUGCUGAAAAAUAUGAAAUGGGAAAGAAGAUAGAGGAAAUCAAGGAUGAAAUGGAAAAAGAGAAGGAAAAGAAGGAAGAAGAAAAGCAAAAAGAAGAAGACACUGCUGGAAAACCUCUCAAAGCACAGUAUCCUAUCAACCCAUAUGGUUUUAUACCCAACUCAGUGUUGGUCAAGCUCCUGUGGCCCAAGAGAGAACUGUUGGUUCCCAAAGUGGAUCCAGCUUCACAACCGUGGAGACCCCCAGAAUUAACUGCAGACCAGUUGGCUAAGUUGGAAACCAAACGUAAAUCAUCAGUGUCAGCGUCCAGUUGGCCAGAUAUAUAUUCUGACUGGGGGGAAAAUGAGGAGGUUCGCUUUAAGACUACCAAGGCCAGACCCAAAACCUCAGAGUUAGGAGACACGUCCAGGAGCUUCAUUUUUGAAGAUGAUGAAAAGCCAAAGAAGGAGGAACCGUCUGAGAUGAUGAAGAAGAUGACUGAACUCAUCGAGAGGCCCCCAACACCCAAGAAACAACUAGCUACUCCUCAUAGAUUGGAAGAUUCUGUCCAAUCUGCCAGUCCAGUGUCUCCUGUUGCUGCUGUCCUAUCUCAGACAGUUGAAGUAGAGGAUUCAGUUCAGACUCCUGAACCAGAGCCAGAACCACCAAAACCUCCUCCUCCAAAGAAAAUAGUCCCUCCUAAGAAGAUUGUCAAACUGGUCUCCAAAGGACCUCCUCCAAAGCCCCCCACUCCACCUCCACCCAAACCAAGAACUCCCCCACCCCCCAAAGAACCCACACCUCCUCCUACUCCUCCCCCACCACCCACCCCACUCCCAGAAUUUAUUACUCAGUUCUUUGGACAAGAAUGGUUUGAGAAGUUCUUUCCAAAUUGUAAUAUCAAUACAUUCCCCAAACCAUGGACAGUAACAGCUCUUCUGAACAUGCUGCUAAGGCUUAUCAAGAUUGCAGAAUAUCGCUUCAAGAAAGAAGUUGUCAAUGCAAUCAAGAUUCUCUACCAACAAGAAGGUUUUGAGGAUAACAAAGUUGUUAUUCAUGCUCUCCUAUCUGCCUUAAACCCAGCAAAAAAUCCACCAAAUUGUUUGGACAUAACUCAGAAAGAGUUUGUAAAAGCUGUCUUAAAUUUGUUACAAUUGAUGGAGGUUGCAAGCAAGAGUUUUAUUAUAGAACUGAUGAUCCAGCACCUGGAUGGGGAUCCUGAUAUGAGGUUAUUAGUGAUGAAUUUCUUCCUGAACAUGGGCCUCCAAGAUCCGCACAAGUUCUUUCCCCGUGAGCUGGACAGCUGGGAUGUAUGGAGUAUAGAGGGAGAGGACAGGAAAGAACAGCUCAAGAAGAAAUGUGAUUUAUGGCUUGACAGGUGGAUGAUGGCAUUCAAGAUGCACCUGGAGGUAGCUAUAGAGAAGAUGAAGAAGAGUGGCAGUAUACAUGGCAGAGUCAGCAGGGGAACAAUAAAGAGCUCACCUGCAACACCUAGGAGCAUUCUGAAGAAGACACCAGGGGCUGCAGAGGAGGACAUGCCAGGGUCAGGGCCAGUAUCCAGAGCUGUGACAGUGACUUUUGACGCUCCUCCAGACCGGUCUGUCAUUGACAACGCCACCUAUUUGGAGGCUAUAAAUUAUUUCUGUGAAAUGGAAAUAGAGAAGGAGCUGGACAAGAUGAGGAAACGUGACAGUGAGGAGAAAGUUGUGGAGGCUAAAAAUACGGUGUUGGUUCUGCCCAAGGUUGGAGGCACCCCAAGCCUGGUACGCCUGGGUGAAACCCACACCAGUCGUUGUCAUGCCCGUAGGGAGACUAACCUGUCACUGGACUAUGUCCACCCAUCAGUGACUGCUAGGGGGCGCCAGCCAGACCCAGGACAAAUCUAUGGUUUUGCACCUAGCAUCAUCAUGCCUAUGAAGACUGUGUACAUGAAUCCCUUCCCCAGCCCCAUUGAUGAAUACGACUCCUGGAACCAGCAGCCUGUAUUGCUCAUGUUGAAAUCUUCACAGAAAUACUUCGUACCAUCCAGGUCUUAUGUCACUGACUUUGAAGAAUUGUUUUCCUGAUGUGAGCAAUGCAUUCAUAUUGGAAAUGAUCUACUGAUAAAAACAGGAAUUGCUGCCAUGGAAAUAUAUUUAGUUAUCAUGAUGAUGAAGGCUUCAUGUUGCUAUGGUUGCCUAAGCCAAACUUGUUUUAUUGUCAUUGUAUAUCAGUUCAUUGACUGCUGACAGGCUUCAAGUUUACAGAAUUAUAGCAUCUUGUUAUCAUUGUCUUAGAUAUACAAAAUAUGUACUAACAAAUUUUACACAUUAAUUUAUUAUGAAAUAAUUGUAACACAAGUCAUCAUAUCAAUUAUGCAUUUCUGUGAUCGAAACCGUCCAGUGUCUACACUCCAGUUUGCGGUACUUGUGAGUCAAAUUUUUGUUUUUCACUCUCAUUCUAUUUGCAGUCCUCAAGAGAGAACAGAUCUUUUUAAAAAGAAAACAGAUUUGUAAAUAUUUUUAAAAAUAUGUAUUUAUUGUUCAUAUACUUUAACUGUAUAUAUUAACUGGUAUGUUAGACUCUUUAACUGGUAUGUUAUACAAAAUAACUGUAAUAUUGCCUGUUUUAUUGGUAAAAAUUGACUUGAAUAGAAAAUUCAUUUACAAAUUUGCAAACAUACUAGUAAUUAGCUAUAACAGACAACAUCAGUAAGAAAAUGUUUAACAACUUUUAUGUUAAAUGAUUGUUUAAUAAUAAAAAAGAUUGUUUUUGAAUAUUUGGAAAAUAUAAAAUUUGUCUGUGAACAUAACGACUAUGUAAUAAUUACAAUAUUUAAAUACAUAGUAAUAAUAAAUAAUUGCAGUGCUAUCAGUGGACACGUCUUCAGGCUUUGCAUUAAAUAUAUCAAACAUAUUCAUGGGCCCAAAUUUCAUUCUUGACUUUGGUCUCUUUGGCAAAAAUUAAAGUCUGUAAUAUGUAUUCUACUCAGCACCAUGUUUGUCUCGCUUAAAAAUACAUCACUGACAAAUAACAUGAGAUUGUAUAAGAUGUAAGUAUCUGGACUCCAAGAAGUUGAAUAUCACAAUAUCACAGUUCAUAUCAACACAAGCAUGUUUCCAGCUUCUCGUUCUCUUAUUUAUCAAUAGCCAAUAUCUAAAACAUUUAAUAUAUAAAAGUAGUCAACCUUAUAAACUGCAUGCUUUUUUUGACCUAAUUUUUUCCAUACAAAAGAAGUAUGCGUUGCUUGUCCAAAGGAGUGGAGUAGUGUUUUGACAAGUCACUUGUGCAAUGAAUGUUGACAACACAGAUCCAGCCGUAGUGCAUCUUACAUACAUGCCACACAUCUAGUGCAUGAUAAACCUGGAAUACCAUGCAUCAGCUUUGCUCUUAAGACUUCUGUAUAUCACCCACCUUGGAGUAUCUUUUACAUAACUGACAAUGUCUGGUGCAUAAUAAUCAAUAAAUAUCAUAAGGUGAUGUCUCUGGGAUAAUAAAAGAGAGGGGUGGCAAACAACCAUCAUUCUCAUGGAUAAUGUUGAACAGUUUCAUUACCUCCGCCAAGGAGGUUAUGUUUUCACCCCUGUUUGUUUGUCUGUCUGUCAUCAACAUAAC